AUGAGCUCCGACUCCCAAGACAACUCAUCAUCAUCAAAGCCAUCGCCUCGCGAGGCCCUACCAGCGCCGGGCUCCCAUGACGGCGAAAGCGUAACAACCCUCGACGUCAGCGGCUCAGGCACAACCGUCAAGCUGGACGCCCUCGGCCCGCUCGUCGUCAACGUGGACGGCACCAUGUCCCGCAUCUCCAAUUGGGAUAAGAUGGCAGAGAUUGAAAGGCAAAACACGCUUCGCAUUAUCGGCAAACGAAACCAACAACGUCUGGCUGCCCUGAGAGAGGCUCGUGGCAUCAGCGAAGGGGCCAAUGACAUAGGCGCUAGUGGCAAUCACGACACCGAUGGCAAACAAUAG